UGUCACGGUGGGGCUUAACGUUACCGACUGGCGGGGGGUGUUUGUCUCCCUCUAUCGUUAUCCAAUAUUCACUAAAUCUGUCUCUAAACUCUAACUCGCUGUCUCUGGCGUGUGUUUUAGUGCUUUUUGCGUGCUGUUUUGUUGGAACUGCCUAGCGAUGGUCGUCUGAAUGUGUCUUUCUGUUUUAACUUACUUUAGGCCUGACGUCCAUCUUAUCGUGCCCUUUGUUUCCUGUUUUCAAUCGUCCUCGCGCCUCCCAGUCAACAAACAAAUAUAAGUUAUUAUUUGAGUUCGCAGCGUUUAAACACUUGUGUGGAAUUAGACUGUUGUACCAUAAGAUGGCCAGUUUAACAGAAACGUUUAUUUUAAAAUCGAAAGAGCGACUUUGAAAUAGUCCGAUCGCGAUAUCUACAUUCUGCGAACCCCAAGCACGCCACCAGUAUCUUAUCCACUCAGCUCGACUCGUGAUGAUGCUAAAUGCCACAUUUUGCCAUGGUUCCAUUCGCUGCUUUGAUGCCAUUUAACGUUCGGUUUGUUCGAAACGCGUGGUUUCGUCUCAACAAACUGUUCCCAUAUGUCAUUGAACUAAGUUGCUGUUGCAAUAGCCGCGCGGUAACUCCUGGCUUCAUCAGGUGUGUCAACAGAGGUGAUUUGAAUAAACUCCCAAGGUUGCAUAGACGGCGUUAUUCGUCGUCAAAACGUUUAUAUUCAACUCCCACCAUCUUCAACACAUGGUUUUCUGCGUACAGGAACUUGACUAACUCGAUAGUUCAUGAAGCCUAACGUGUCUAAAGGAAAGUGCACAGAAUCGUUUUUUGGUAAAUGGCGAUCACUUGGAGGUCUGUUGUCAAGAUUUUUUUUUUAACGACGCUUUGCUCCAUAGCAGAGUUUGAGUUGGUGGAGUUUGGAAUUGAGUUUCCUUUCACUUCACUUUGUUUCAUUACACAAUAGUGUUGACGGCCCGUUGCCAUGGAGGGCGAUGUUGUUUCCAUGGAGACCACCCAUGCAGCGGCCCUGGCUCCCGAAGGUGGUGUUCUUCCAGAGGCAGGAGAUGCUGUGAUCCAAGGGGUGGCGGGAGCAUCACAAGCUGUGGAGGUUCCAGGCAACAUGGAGAUGAUGGUGAUGGAUGCCCUGGAUCCAACUUUGUUGCAAAUGAAGACAGAGGUGCUGGAGGGAGGGGGCACAGUGACUGUAACUGGUGGAGACGAGGGUCAGAUCAUCACCCUUCAGGUUGUAAAUAUGGAGGAGCAAGCUGGUGCUGCUUUAGGUCUUGGACAGCUACAGCUAGUGCAGGUUCCAGUCACAACAACUACAGUAGAUGGCCUUCAGGCCACCUAUGUGGAUGGGUCAGCUAAUAAGGAUGCAGAGCCGGUUAUCUGUCACACACUUCCCUUGCCUGAAGGUUUCCAGGUGGUGAAAGUGGGGGCUAAUGGUGAAGUGGAGACUGUGGAGCAAGAGGAGCUCCAAGCUGUCCACAAUGAGCUUCAAGGGACAAGGGAAGAAGAGGGAGAGGAAGGCGAAGUGGCAGCAGAUCAAGAACCCACUGAGCCUCAAACAGGAUGGCAGAAGGACCCAGACUACCAGCCGAUCACGCCGGUCCGCAAAGGAAAGAAGGGAAAGAAAAGCCGUCUGCGUUAUGCGGAGGGCGACCGAGACAUGGAUGUUUCUGUGUACGACUUUGAGGAAGAGCAGCAGGAGGGCCUGCUGUCAGAGGUGAAUGCAGAAAAGGUUGUUGGAAACAUGAAGCCCCCUAAGCCCACUAAGAUCAAGAAAAAAGGUGUGAAGAAGACCUUCCAGUGUGAGCUAUGUAGCUACACAUGCCCACGGCGCUCUAACCUGGACAGGCAUAUGAAGAGCCACACAGAUGAGAGACCACACAAAUGUCACUUGUGUGGAAGGGCCUUUAGAACAGUCACACUGCUGAGAAACCACCUCAACACCCACACAGGCACCCGACCACACAAAUGCACUGACUGUGACAUGGCGUUUGUGACUAGCGGAGAGUUGGUGCGCCAUCGUCGCUACAAGCACACACAUGAGAAGCCCUUCAAGUGCUCCAUGUGUGACUAUUGCAGUGUGGAGGUGAGCAAGUUGAAAAGGCACAUCCGCUCUCACACUGGAGAGCGGCCCUUCCAGUGCAGUCUGUGCAGCUAUGCUAGCAGGGACACUUACAAAUUGAAAAGACACAUGAGGACACACUCGGGCGAGAAGCCAUACGAGUGCUACAUCUGCCAUGCUCGUUUUACCCAGAGUGGCACCAUGAAGAUGCACAUUCUGCAGAAACACACGGAGAAUGUGGCAAAGUUCCAUUGUCCACAUUGUGACACGGUCAUCGCACGCAAGAGUGACCUUGGUGUUCAUUUGCGAAAGCAACAUUCAUUUAUUGAGAAGGGAAAGAAAUGUCGUUACUGUGACGCCGUGUUUCAUGAGCGAUAUGCUCUUAUCCAACACCAGAAGACUCACAAGAAUGAGAAACGUUUUAAAUGCGACCAGUGUGACUACUGUUGCAAGCAGGAACGCCACAUGAUCAUGCACAAACGUACACACACUGGGGAGAAACCCUUUGCCUGCAGUCAGUGUGAGAAAACUUUCAGACAGAAGCAGCUUUUGGACAUGCACUUCAAACGUUACCACGACCCCAACUUUGUGCCCACUGCCUUUGUCUGCAACAAGUGUAGCAAGACGUUCACCCGCAGGAAUACUAUGCUGCGCCACAGUGAGAACUGCAUGGGUGAAGUUCCUGGAGACCAAAAUGGAACUCCUCCUAAGAAGGGUCGCCGUGGUAGGAAGAGGAAGAUGCAGGACAGGCAUGAUGAUGACGACGACACGGAACCUGAACUUGAUGAGGAGCUUGAAGAUGAGGAUGAUUUGUUAACUGAGAUCGAAGUGGAACAGGCUCCACCAGUGGUUCCGAUCGCAGCUCCUGAGGAUCCACCAGUCAAGAGGAAGCGUGGGCGCCCCCCAAAGAACAAGCCAGAUAUGGCUGCUAUCAUCCGCGUUGAGGACGAGGCCACUGGAGAGGUAGAUGACAUCAUCGUGAAAAAGGAGGUCGGUGCUGAACAAGAAGAUAUGGAAGAGGGCGCCACACAUGAAGUGGUUGUCGGUGAAGGCGAUUCCACUAUUCAGAUGGAAGAGAUGUCCCAGGAACAGGAGAUGCAGCUGUCAGAGGCUCCACCAAAUGGAGACCUCACCCCUGAGAUGAUCCUCAGCAUGAUGGACCGGUGAUGGAUGCAAGGGAUGACCUUGUAAACACAAACAGACCCCGUUCACAUCCACAUCUAAUUCUUGGCAUUUAGGAUUACAAACACUUGCAUCCUACAUAGACAAACAUCACUGUUGUAAUUUAAGGCAGGCUUGCUUUUUAAUCAUGCAUUGACAUGGAUGAGUGACAAAGACUUUUAAUACGGAUUUAUUUACCAAAAAUUCAUUUCAAAAUUUGUUUUGGGCUGGCUGUAAUUUCAUCACAGUAUCUUGAGCCUUCUCAUUGUUGUCCUUGGUGUUUAGUACAUUAGUAGGAACAUCAUUAUUAAUAAACCUAUUCUGGCAACAUUAUCAAAAAUCAUGCUUUCCUAAAUCCCAGACUUGUGCAUGUAACUAUUCAGAGGAUCUAGGUGCAUCUUCAUCUCUGUCACCCAUGCCCAGUUUUUAUCGCCUUGUGUAUUUUUUACUUGUUACAUUAUUCUUGGUAAGGAUCACGUGUGUCAUCAGGCGAACAUUGUAAGGAGAUCAAUCACCGAUGUCAUGGAUCUUUCUGCACUUUUUCAAUCCAUGUUCAAUGUCCCCACUGAAGAGCCUUGUUUAUCUUUCGGUUUAGAAAACUGCCCCCCAAAAGCCAUCUUUUAAUUGGCUUUUCAGUUUGACUCCUUAAACCCGGUGUUAGCCUCUGAUGGCAAAAACAACAGGAGACUAUAAAAUAUGUAAUCACUGUCCAGAGACCAGAAGAUAAUGUUAUUGUUAAUUGCAGCAAAAAAGAUUUGAAAUAUUUUUAUUGUAUUUUUAUUUUUUGGUUUCUUUGCUGUGGUUAGUUAAAAAAAAAAAAAAAACUAUUUUAACACCUAUUCUAGUUUAUCAAAGCUUCUAGUCUGCUUACUUUAUAUCUCCUCUUGCUACUGUAACACCCCUAGACAAUGUCUAUGUACAAAACAUUGUCAUUUUAUGUGCAAAGAAUGUCUUUCUUCUUUUUCGUUUUUUUUUUUUUUCUUUUGCUCCCUUGUGUAGCCAUUCCACUUUGGGUUCAUGGUUUCUUUUUGUACUGAUUGCAAUACCUUCUGGGCAGUGUGAUGUUUUAAAUGACUGGCAGUUGACUACAGAUGUAAGAUGGUACAACCAAUAAAAAGUAGACAUGGACUCAUGUUUUAGCUUUC